GACGUGAAAUUGGGGAGUGGAGGGUCCCUGAAUGCAGCACGAUGUUUUCACUGAGCUUUCCGCUGAACGGUUAAUGUCUCUGCUGGCCGCCCUGGUUCCUCCUCCUCCCACUGACAGAAGCCAGCCACUAUAAACAUUACUGUCCACGGCGGAUCCUCCCCUACUGUCCCUCCUGAGGUCCACAGCAGCAGCAGCAGCAGCAGCAGCAGGGACCCCUGUCCGGAGAGGGAGGCGAAGAUAUGGCGCAAAGUUCAACUUUCCCUGACGUGGUGGAGCUCAACGUGGGCGGCCAGGUGUACGUGACCCGCUUCGACACGCUCACCGCGGUGCCCAACUCUCUGCUGUGGGUGAAGUUCAUGCAGAACACCCCGGCCGCCCUGCCCAAAGACAGCAAGGGCCGCUUCUUCUUCGACCGGGACGGCUUUCUCUUCCGCUACAUCCUGGACUACCUGCGCGACUCGGAGCUCUUCCUGCCGGAGUUCUUCAAGGAGAGAAAGCGGCUGCAGAGGGAGGCGGACUACUUCCAGCUGCCGGAGCUGUCGAGGCGGCUGGCGGCGCCCAGCAAAGACAGCUCCUCCGCGGAGGACAGCGGGGAGCCGGAGGAGGCAGAGCUCCCCAGCCCCGUCACCCCCUCCUCCUCGCCAGACAGACCUCCGCGCUCCCCGGGGGGCUGCUCCGGCUACAUCACCAUCGGCUACAGGGGCACCUACACCAUCGGCAGAGACAUCCAGGCGGACGCCAAGUUCCGCCGGGUCGCCCGGAUCACCGUGUGCGGCAAGAUCUCCCUGGCGAAGGAGGUUUUCGGGGAGACCCUGAACGAGAGCCGCGACCCGGACCGGCCGCCGGACAAAUACACGGCCCGCUAUUACCUGAAGUACAACUUCCUGGAGCAGGCGUUUGACCGGCUGGCGGAGGCCGGCUUCCACAUGGUGGCCUGCAGCUCCACCGGGACCUGCUCAUACGGCAGCAACGACCCGUCCGAGGACAAACUGUGGACCAGCUACACGGAGUAUGUCUUCUCCCGAUGAGCUGCCCCCCCCCCCCUCCUAGACCCCCAGCAGCAGCUGCAGCACCAGCAGCAGGGUCUGUAACUUGUUAUAUAGCUGCAGAAAGUUGAUUAAUACGGAUCCCAGUGCCAGCCAGCUUUGCCUUUAGAUUCAGGGUUCUUUGUGAUCUGCAGAGUAGGGUCAGGCAGAUUCUCUGCCGCAAGAAAACUUCAAACUCCUACAUAAAUCUCUCCUCUAAAAGCAAAGACAAGCGUGACUUUUUAGAUAAUAUCACUGAGUUAUUUUUACACUCUGCUGGCCUUUAGGGCUCUUAGAGGGGCUGGUUUGUUCUUAAAUGCACCAUUCGGUCCCCCCCACCCCUCUCCAGGGUGGCAGAAAUGUAAGGAGCUUUACCCCCAGCCUUCUUCUCAUUCUUGGUGUUCUCCUCUUGCGUUGUGAUGUAGUGGCGGAGAUGCUUUUGAAGAACAUAUACUCACUAGGAUGUGCACCGUAAGCACCCUGGGUCUUCCUGUUGUGUGUUGCCUUAUUAGAAUUUUUCUAUCGUUCUGUGUUGCUUUCAUGACACGUCGGCGUGUUUUUUUUUUUUGUGCUAUGAGAUGCUGUAAAGGUUAUUUUAUUCAAUACACAGCAAAUAAAGUGUGAUGUUUUAACACUAUCCA